AUGAUGAAAAGUAAAUUCUAUAAAAGAUGUCUAAGUAGCUAAAAUGAAGAUAAUUCUAAAGAGUAAGGAAUCUUCAAGCAUCCUCACUUUAAUCUUACUCCUAUCAAAUAAAGAGUCAAUCUAUUUGGAAUAGAUGCCUAUGAUAACAUUACUUCCUAACUUUAAUCUCCCAGAUAAAUUAAAAAUAUUAGUUAUCCUCUUAAGAUUUUUAAAUAAAACGUUUAUUAGGAAGAAAUUCCAUUUAAUAAUAUUGUUUAAGGUUAUUUUUUACCAACUCCUAGAAAAACUUCAUUAUAAAUUAAUAAAAUUAGCACUGAACCUACUACUUUUAAUAAUAGUCCAAUUAAAAAAUAAGGUAAAAAUCGUAUCUCUUUAAAAAACAAUUAUAAUAUGCAAGAAUAUGAUCUAGAUAAAUAAUUAAAUAUCCCAUAGAAAAUUAGAUUAUAUUUUAGUUUUCAAAAAUUGCAGAAAAGAUUCUUUAAAUUAUAAGAACUACUCUCCUUUAUCAGUAUUAAAUCUAUUUUUUAAUAUUUGAAUGACUAAAAUUCAAAAAUCAUUGAUUAAAUUGCAGUAAUUAUUUUACUUUAACUAAUUAGGAAUUUGAUGUAUAAUUUAAGUAAUACAUAUUGACUGAGUUUCUUUUUAUUAUCUUGUACUUUUUAAUGAAAUAUAAUUUAAUCAAAAGAGAUGAAUUAAUUAGAUUAGAAAAACUCAUCCUGUAUUAACAUUAAUAAAAUGCAUGUAAUGUCAUUCAUAAUCUUUAAAUCCAUAUUCCAGGAUUCAAAACUUAUAUGCAUUAUUUCUUUUAAGUUCAAUAAGCAAAUCCAUCAAUUCCUAAGCAAAUAGAUUAACUGAAUAAAUAUAUUGAUAAAAUGAUUGAUGAUUUAAUUAGGUACAUGGUAAUUCAUUUAUGAAGAACUAUUGUUAAUAUUUAAUUGCAACAAUAAAUUAGAGAAUUUUUGUUUAUGAAAAUUGAACAAAAAACAAGCCAUUUUAUUGAUAAAUUGAAAAAAAUAAUAGAAUCAAUUUAAGAAUUUCUCUAUUAUCUACCUAAAAAUGAAAAUGAAUAUACAUUAAUUUUGGAUUUAGAAGAAACAUUAAUUCAUAUAGAUAAUAAUGGUUAAAUAAAAAAGAGGCCAUUUCUCUAACAGUUUCUUGAAGAACUCAGUCGAUAUUAUGAAAUUGUUGUUUUUGGACAUCUUCAAUAAAUGGAAAUGGACAAGUAUUUAUUUUUGUUUAUUUUAGAAUUAUUUAAUAAUUAGAUUGCAAUUCAACUAUUAAGCACAAGCUUAAUAGAAAUCAUUUAAUGAAAUAUUAGAAAGUAUUAGUUAAAGAUUUGACAUUGGUUGGAAGACCUACUAAUAAGUAUAUAGUAGUUGAUAAUGAUCCUUUUAAUUUUCUUUUAAGUCCCCAAAAUGGAAUUUAAAUAAAAUCAUGGUAUGGUGAAUAAGGAGAUCAUGCAUUAUAAGAUUUAUAGCCUUUUUUAGAAGAUUUAAGAUUAUACAAAGAUGUUAGAAUUGGAUUAAAAUAAGUCAAAACUUAUUCUCAAUAUUUUUUUGUGCCUUAAUGA